AUGGAUCUGAAGAGCCUUACGAGCGGAAAUCUUUUUAAUCCGCUGCCUGAAUAUCCAACCAAACGACGUGCUGUGAAAAUCGCUCAUGCACCGAUAAGAAAUUUACCUCUCAAUGAUCAUGAAAAAAAGCAAGCGAUAGCAAAUAUCCUUCGUUACGUUCCAACAGAACACCAUCAAAAACUGGCUAAAGAGUUCGCGGAUGAACUGAAACAAUUUGGCCAUAUCUACGCAUUCCGUUUCAUGCCAGAUUAUUCAUUAAAGGUACAGUGUUAUUGUUCGUUCAGCACUUGA